AUCGAUUCAGGUUUCUCUAAGAAUAUCGGGUUUGAACUUUGAACUCAUCAGAAGAAAGAAAAACCCUUGAUUUUCAUCUUCCCCAUUCACUUCUUCAUCUCUCUCCGCAACUCCGCAAAUCCUUGACAAUGGCGAUGGGUCAGCGAAUGAGAUCGAGCGUUGGUCUGAUUCAGAAAUAUGUAGCAUCUGAUUCUCUCUCUUCUGGGAGAUCUCUUCUUAACCCUAAUGUCGUCAACGCCCAGAAAAACUUCGCUACAUCAGCUCCCGCGAAGAAGGACAAUAUCAGGGUUCCAAUUGCUAUGUUUGGAGGUUCUGGAAAUUAUGCAUCUGCUUUAUAUCUUGCUGCUGCUAGAGCUAAUGCGUUGGACAAGGUUGAGGCUGAGCUUUUUGACCUUGUUGAGGGGACCAAGAAAUCACCAAUGUUUUCUCAGUUCACAAAGGAUCUUUCUGUACCUAAAGAUGUAAGAAUUAAGGCUAUAAAUGACAUAUGUGCUCAUGCGAAAUUCACCGACAUUACAAAGAACUUUUUGGUUAUUCUGGCUGAGUAUGGAAGGUUAAGGCACGUAGACAUUGUUGCAAAGAGAUUCGCUGAUUUGACAAUGGCACACAGGGGAGAGCUGAAAGCAAUUGUAACAACUGUCAUUCCCCUUCCUCCCGCAGAGGAGAAAGAAUUGAAAGAAACACUACAGGAAAUACUUGGGCAGGGGAAAACGGUGAAGCUUGAACAGAAGAUUGACCCUAGCAUUCUUGGUGGUCUAGUGGUGGAAUUUGGGCAGAAAGUGUUUGAUAUGUCCAUCAAGACUAGGGCAAAACAGAUGGAGAGGUUUUUGCGAGAACCGACCAAUGUUUAGGAGCCUUUGGAAAGUUUAUUCCCGCAGAGGGAGGGACUUUUGGAAUUUCUUUUGUGUUAGUGGCAAUGGUGCUGCAGAAGAUGGAAAGUCCAACUUUGUCCCUUUUGGCUCAAGAAUGUUGAAGCCACCUUUCGUUUUUUUUGCAAUUGACAUGAUCUUAUGCACAAAAUAAAAAUUAAAAGGUCUCGUGGUUGGCAUUUCACCCAUCCAAAGCUGACAAACUUUUUGUCUCUUGUAUCUCUCUUCAUUUGCGUUACAUUUUACGGAGUAAUAUGGUAAUCCCUGUGAAUCAUGUUUCUGGUAAAGAUAAGAAUAUAAAUUUGUGAUAUAUUGUCCUUGGAAA